AUGCUCCUCUCUUCAGGUUUUUUUAAUCAUAUCGUAUAUACGGACGAAGCACAUGUCGACCUGACUUCUCAAGCUCAAGGCAGAAUAACAAGAGAGCAAGGAACGCGGGAUUUGCUAGAGAAUAUUAAAGAAAGGUCUCCGCUUAAAGUUAGUAGGGGAAAGUUCACGGAGCGAGGACUGCAAUCGCAUGCCAGCCUUGGAGUUGACUGUCAUUCCAACAACGCCGGAUCUGUCGUCUCGGAAGCCAGACUCGGACUUCAGAACGCGAGGUGUAAUUUCAAUCAAUAUUACCAUGACCAGGGCAAAACGCCGAGCCGUUUACCAGACAGCUUGUCUGUCGAGGCAGCAUUCAAUCUAGCCACCAUCAAGGGCGCAGAGGCCGCUCGACUGGAGACAGAAGUCGGGAAGAUUGCAGUCGGCAUGCGCGCGGAUCUAGUGGUCUGGGAUGCGUUGAGCCCGGCGAUGGUGGCUGCGGCACAACAUGAUCCCGUUGCGGCGGUCAUCUUGCAUUCGAGCCCUGCGGAUAUUGAGCUGGUGUUGGUGGAUGGGGUGGUGAGGAAGCAAGACGGGAAGUUGCUGCGGGUGAGCGUGGAUGAAUUCGCUAUACAGCCAGUUGGGAAGGAGAAGCUGGAGUGGAGGGAGAUUGCAAAGGAAAUCGUGAAAAGCAGAGAGAAGAUUCAGAAAAACAUGGAUGAAAUUGAUUUUGUUCAAGGAAAGCAGGGGUUGAUGAAGUUGUUUGGCGUCGAUGGAGCCAAAUUUGUGGAUCUUGAUUGA